CCCGUCGUCAGUCGAGUGGAAUACUUCAAUCGGUCAACAGCACCAAAGUAUUAUUUCGUUCCGUUCUCUCUUCCAAGUUAUUUGUUUUUUUUUCUCCUUUUUCUUUGAAGUUGUUGUUCUAAUUCAAAAAAAAAAACAACGACCGACAGAAAACGCGAACCGCAACAACAGCAACAAGAAAAAGAAACGAAUUAUUCGAAAUCUGAUCGUAGUAUAUGUUCAUGUAUUCGUUUUAGGACGGGAACGUUUUCUUCGUAGAAAAAAACGUUUACCAGACGACAAGUGUGAGGAGCCAUGGUGAAAUUAAAAUCAACAUUUGUCGGAGUUAUAUUCUAUAUAGUUUUAGUGUUAGUUAAAGAUUUAGCAGAAUGUGUGGCACAACAGUCGGAUGCACAGUCAGCUCGGCAAAAACCAUACAGACCGCGAAAGCCAGUACAUCCGUGUGAGAAGAGUUCAUGUUAUCCGGCGACUGGAAAUUUGUUAAUUGGUCGUGAGGAUCGUUUGGCGGCAUCGUCAACAUGUGGUACUCGUGGCCGUGAGCGAUUCUGUAUUGUAUCGCAUUUGGAAGAGAAAAAAUGUUUUUCAUGCGAAAGCACCGAUAAUACCCUUAACGAUCCACGAUUGAAUCAUCGUAUUGGACAAAUCAUUUAUAAAAAUCAACCCGGUACUCGUGAACAAUCAUGGUGGCAAUCGGAAAAUGGCAAACAAAAUGUUACCAUUCGUUUGGAUUUGGAAGCUGAAUUCCAUUUUACGCAUUUGAUCAUUGUAUUCCAAACGUUCCGUCCGGCCGCUAUGUUAAUCGAACGAUCAUAUGAUUUCGGUCGAACUUGGCAUGUGUAUCGAUACUUUGCCCAUAAAUGUCAUGAAGCUUUCCCCGGUAUACCACGCAUCACAAAGAAUAUUACGGACGUUGUGUGCGAUGAACGGUAUUCAAGUGUCGAACCAUCGAAAAAUGGUGAAGUUAUUUUCCGUGUUUUGCCACCACAACACAAUAUUGAAAAUCCAUACGCCGAUCACAUUCAAAAUAUGUUAAAAAUGACCAAUUUACGUAUCAAUUUUACACAAUUGCAUAAUUUGGGUGACACUUUACUCGAUGAUCGCGAAGAAAUUCAGGAAAAAUACUAUUAUGCCAUUUCAAAUAUGGUUGUUCGUGGUUCUUGCUCAUGUUAUGGUCAUGCAUCGCAUUGUUUGCCAAUGCCAAAUGUUGAGAAUAAAGUCGAUAUGGUGCACGGUCGAUGCGAAUGUACGCACAAUACAAAAGGUUUAAAUUGUGAAGAAUGUUUAGAUUUUUACAAUGAUUUACCAUGGAAGCCAGCUUUGGGUAAACAAACAAACGCGUGUAAAGCUUGUAACUGUAAUAAUCACACGGAGAUCUGUCACUUUGAUGCAGCCGUCUAUGAGCUGUCUGGUCGCGUGAGCGGCGGUGUUUGUGACAAUUGUCAACACAAUACACAAGGUCAACAUUGUGAAGAAUGUAUACCAUUCUUCUAUCGUGAUCCAAAUGAACCAAUUAACAGUCCAUAUGUAUGCAAACGUUGUGAUUGCGAUCCUCGCGGUGCGAUUGAUGAGGGAAUUUGCGAUUCAAUUACCGACGCUGAAAAUGAAGCCGGUAAAUGUCAUUGUAAAAAGAAUGUAGCCGGUCGACGAUGUGACACAUGUUUGGAAGGAUUCUGGAAUUUGGAUGCAAAUAAUACAUUGGGUUGUCAAGAAUGUACAUGCAAUACAUUGGGAACAAUUGGAAAUUUGGGCUGUAAUCCAUACACCGGUGAAUGUGUUUGCAAACGUUUGGUCACUGGAAAAGAUUGUAAUCAAUGUAUGCCAGAAACAUAUGGUUUAUCAGCCACUCAAGACGGUUGUCAACUGUGUGAUUGUAAUCCGGGUGGUUCGUACGAUAAUCAUUGCGAUGUUAUAAGUGGACAAUGUUCGUGCCGACCGAACAUGCAAGGUCUUCGAUGUGACACACCAAAGCAAAACUAUUUUGUUCCAUCAUUACAAAUAACAUACGAAGCUGAAGUGCCACCAUCUGAAUGUGAAUCGGGUUAUUCAAGCUAUGGCAAUUGUACGAUUGUAUUGCGUGAACCACCAACCGAUGGUAGAGCACCAUGGACAGGGCCCGGUUAUACUCGUGUUAACGAAGGCAAUGAACUUAUAUUCACUAUUGAUGAUAUACCAAAAACGAUGCCGUAUGAUGUUGUUGUUCGUUAUCAAACAGUGUCACGCGGUGAUUGGGAUGUGGCCAAAAUCACAGUCAUUCGUCCCGAAGAAUACGAUCCAAAUGGUCCAUGCACGUAUUCCCAUCCAUCGUACGAAGAUCGUGUGCCAUUCUCGUUGCCAGAACGUGAAUCGAGUGUUAGUGCAUUGACAAAUGUGUGCCUCGAACAAGGCAAAAUCUAUAAAAUCAAAUUGCUGUUUGAACGUCAACGCAAACAAGAAAAUAAUCCGGCCGCACAAAUUCUUAUCGAUUCCAUAUCAACAAUUCCACGAAUUGAGGCCACAGCACUAUUGUCGGGCACACCAGAUGCCGACAGUAAUCGACAAUUGUACGAAUCGAAUUGUAAUCAAUCAUUCUAUCGUGUCGAUUGGGAUGAAACAUCGUCACCUGAAUGUAAAGAUCUAAUCGAUACCAUUAGUAUAUUUGUGUUUGAUGGUGCAAAUCCAUGUGCUUGUAAUCCAACUGGUUCACAUACAAAGAAAUGUAAUGAAUUUGGUGGACGAUGCCAAUGUAAACCGAAUGUUGUCGGACGACAAUGUGAUCGAUGCGCACCAGGCUAUUAUGGAUUUGGACCAGAAGGUUGUAAGGCGUGCGAUUGUAAUAGCAUCGGUGCGACCGACAAUAAUUGUGAUCAAAUAACUGGUCAAUGUAAAUGUCAUCCGAAUACAUACGGUCGUAUGUGCGAUCAGUGUCAACCUGGUUUUUGGAAUUUCCCAAGCUGUCAAAUGUGCGAAUGUAAUGGACAUGCACAGCUUUGCGAUCAACAAACGGGCGAAUGUUUGGAUUGUGCCGAUUUCACCAGUGGUCGCAAUUGUGAACGUUGUAUCGAAGGUUUCUAUGGUGAUCCAUUGCUUGGAAGUGAAGUUGGUUGUCGUGAAUGUCGUUGUCCCGGCACCGUCGCCUCUGGUCAUAUUCAUUCGGAUUCUUGUGACUUGGACCGUCGUACAAAGGAUAUGAUUUGCUAUUGUCGUGAAGGGUAUGCUGGUGCCAAGUGCGAUAUUUGUGCUGAAAAUUUCUUUGGUCAUCCAGAACUUGUGAACGGCACAUGUACACCAUGCAAUUGUAAUAAUAAUGUCGAACUAUCGAGACCAGGAAAUUGUGACCUACACACUGGAACAUGUUUGCAGUGUUUGUACGAUACAUCCGGUGAAAAUUGUGAAUAUUGUCGCGAUGGUUUCUUUGGUAAUGCACUUGUACAAGAUUGUCGCCAAUGCGAUUGUGAUGUAUUGGGAACGGAUAGUCAAAUUCAAUUUUGCAAUCGAAACGAUGGUCAAUGUCCUUGUUUGAAGAAUGUUGAAGGAAUUCGUUGCGAUCGAUGCAAAGAGAAUUAUUGGAAAAUUGCCAGUGGUGAAGGUUGCGAAGCUUGUGACUGUGAUCCAAUCGGUUCGGAAAAUAAACAAUGUAAUCCAUACGAUGGUCAGUGCCGUUGUAAAGAUGGUUUUGGCGGUCGUCAAUGUAACGAGUGUCAAGCCAAUUUCUGGGGUAACCCGAAUGUUAAAUGCCAACCAUGCGAAUGUGAUCACUAUGGAUCGGCCACGGAACAGUGUGAUCGGACAAAUGGACAAUGUAAAUGUGUUCAAGGAAUCGGUGGAUAUAAAUGUAAUGAAUGUGCUCGUGGUUAUUUGGGACGGGCUCCAUACUGUUCACCAUGCGGUGAAUGUUUCGAUAAUUGGGAUUUGAUAUUGAAUUCAUUGCGCGAAGAAACUAAACGUGUCAUUGAAGAAGCCAAACAAAUCAAGACAACCGGCGCUACUGGAGCUUAUACCAAAGAAUUUGACGCAAUGGAAAAACAAAUUGCAUCAAUUCGAAGCGUUUUGAAUAAUGUAACGAUUAGUUCACAAGAUAUUCGGGUAUUGGAAAAUCUUGAAGAGAAUUUACGUAAACAAUUGAACGCAUCAUUGACCGAAUUGCAAGCGUCAGAGACUCGCUUGGAUGAUUUAUAUUCGAAUGUUAAUUUGGCAAAUGUUGCAUUGGACGGUCUUCGUGCACGAGGCGAUGAAAUUAAAGGUGUUGCCAAUCAAUUGAAAGAAAAUUCAACGCAAUUGCAAGAGGCCAACAUUGAAGGCGCUUUGAAUUUGACGCGACAGGCAUGGCAUAAGGCAAAUCUAUUGUCGCAGUUGAAUGCCGAAGCACAAGAUUUGAGCGCAAAUGCCGAACGCCAAUGUCAUCGUACCGAACAAUUGGUUAGUCGUGCAAAUGACGAAUUCAAUACACUUCAAGAACAAAAUGAGAAUACAUUGGAUCAAUAUUUGUCAGAGUUGCAAAAUCUAACAUCGAAAAUUCCAGAUUUGAAUGAACAAGUGUGUGACAAACGUGGCGAUCCAUGCGACAGUGUUUGCGGUGGUGCCGGUUGCGGCACGUGCGGUGGUUUCUCAUGUGAAAAAGGAGCAUUGACACGUGCUCAAAAAGCGCUGGAAUAUGUUAAGGAUGCUGAAGGUAAAAUCAAGGCCAAAGAAGACGUCGCUGAUGAUCUUAUUCGAUCGUUAUCACAAGCCAGAUCCAAUGCAACCGAAGCAUACAAAAAAGCCGAAGGCGCACUACUACUUGCCAACACUCAUCUAAACCGAACCAAAUCGAUGAUUAGCGAGGGCAAUGAUUUGAUUGCCAAUUUGUCGACUAUUUUGAACAACAAUACUGCUUCACCAGGCGAAAUCAAAAAAUUAGCUGAAGAGAUUUUGGAACUGAACUUGCAAUUGGAUCCUGACCAAAUCAAAGAAUUAGCCAAUAAAAUCGAUAAUACCGUUUCACAAUUGAAAAAUGUCGAUGCAAUUAUUCAAAAUACUCGCGCUGAUUUGGCACGCGCCACCAGUCUCAAGGAAAUUGCCAUUGGUUCAAGUGAACAUGCUGAUAAUGUACUAAAACAAGCGCAAGAGUUGAGAAAAGCACUCGACGAUGCUGAUGUUGCCCAACAGAAAGCCAAGGAUGCCAUUAAACAAGCAAACGAAGACAUUGCAUUGGCACGCGAUGAUUUGGAAAAGAUUGACGGUGUAACUGUUGAAGCCCAAGUAAAAGCCAACGAAACUGCUGCCAAGGUCGAUGAAUUGUUUGAAAAGUUGAAUCAAUUGCAAAAGAAUGUUCUCAAGAAUGAAUUCGAUGCCAAGGAAAUCGAAAGCCAAUCGGAGAAUGUUCGCGACCAAGCCAAUCAAGCUCAUGAGAGCGCAGUUAAGUUGAAGAACAAUUAUCGCAAGGCAAACGAUGUUCUGACCGAAAAAGCCAGCUCAACGGAAAGUGCACGAGCUCGUGCUCAACAAUUGUUGCAACGUGCUUCAGUCGUUACGGUAAACACACAAAAUAAAUUAGUACAACUCCAAGGCAUGGCCGACACAUAUCUGAACAAUGAAAGAGAACUUCAAGGCUUACAGGCACAAAUCGAUGCAUUAAACAAUGAAAUGGUCGGUUAUUUGGAGCGCAUUCAACUUCAAUCUGAAUACUAUCGCACAUGUUCGUCAUAGUUGAAUUUUAUUGUAUUAUUUAAAACCACAAACUCCAAAAUAGCAUUUACCUAAAGAAAAUUAUGUGCCACAAAUAUUGAAAAAAAAAAAA